CUGAGGUACGCAAGCCAUCAUAUGCGACCAUAUCUGGGGCCAUUAAGGUUGCGGUCGUACCAGAGGGGUACCCCAAAGUCAUCCUCAGCAGGGCAAAACCUAUCACAGCUCGAGGACGCACUACUGGAGGAACUAGUCCUCUCCGGUUGGGAUUCUCCAAUCAAGUUUGGAGGAAUCCACUUCAGGGUGGGCCACCUGAUAGUGGACUGCCGCAACGCAACCACUGCUGAGUGGCUGCAAUCAGCAGUCCCCAGCCUCAGUAAGUGGAGCGGUGUCUCCCUGGAGGUAAGGAUGGGAGACGACCUGCCAUCGUCACACAACAACACCAUCUUCUGCCCCAGGACAGGGGACAAAACAACAAAGUGGAUCAUGGAAUUGAUCAAGAAACAGAAUGACUUGGACACUGAGCACUGGCAUCUCAUAUCAAGGAAGAAUGAGGGUGGUGGCUCGCUCCUCAGCCUUGGCAUUGAUGACAACUCAUGCGCCAAGAUUAUCUCUCGUGACCACAAGCUGAGCUUCAGGUUUGGAGACAUCUCAGUUUGUGGUCUAAAAAAGGCCAAAGCGAUCAAAUCCGGCACAAGACAGGUCGAGACUCCUCGAAAUCUACCAGUCUCCGCGGAGAAGAAGAAGCCCAAUAAGCUCUCCGAAUCCAGCGAGGAUCUGGCGGAUGAUGAGGAUCUUGAUGCGACCAUCAUCGAGAUGGGGGAUCAGACCCCGUUUUCCUCUCAGGAGCUAGACAUGGAACUAGACCUGCUGAGUAAGGAAGAAGCGAUACCGGUGGAUGGUGAUCUGGGUAUCUCCAGAUCAGCAAUGUAGACGAUGGAAACGACCAUCUAAUGGUCGGAAGUACAGGGAUAGCUCAGGUGAACAUCCAUCGCGCCAAGGCGGCCUCGGCUGUGCUGGCAAGGAUGUUCACCAAACAACAUCUUGGGCUAGCCCUGGUACAGGAACCCUGGUAUAACCAGGGAAUAAAAGGACUGUACGUGAAGAACGCCAAGAAUUUCUCACGCGGGACUGUGUACCGAUCGUGGUAGAAGAUGUGGGAGCAGCCAAGAAGACUGUGGUGGCAUCGGUAUACUUUGCCGGUGACGAGGCGUGCCCACCGCCCGAAAUCACUGCACUGGCAAAAUACUGCAAGAGGAUACACUCACCCAUCAUCAUCGGAUGUGAUGCAAAUGCACAUCACGUGAUAUGGGGCAGCAGCGACGUAAAUCAAAGAGAUGAGUCACUCUUAGAAUUUAUCUUGAAUAACAAUCUAGAAAUCCUAAAUGUCGGCAAUGUUCCGACAUUUGUUACCAGGGUAAGAUCUGAGGUUCUAGACAUUACACUUUCCAGCAGAUCAGUGGCUUCGCAUAUAAGCGACUGGCACGUAUCUCCUGAGGAGUCAAUGUCAGAUCACAGAAUUAUUCGU